AUGAACAUAAUCAAAUCACGAACAGAAGACCAUUUUCAUCAAUUGUCUUCAAUACGAUCACCCACAAGAGACAUUGACCCACAACACAACGCUGGUGAUGUUGAAUUGUUAGCUCAAAUUGGGUACAAGCAGGAAUUGAGACGUCAUUACAGUACAUUGCAAGUUUUUGGUAUUGCUUUCUCAAUUAUGGGUUUGUUGCCAAGUAUCGCUUCAGUUUUAACUACAGGGUUGGAAUCUGGUCCAGCUGGUUUAGUCUGGGGAUGGUUUUUGUCCUCUAUCUUUAUUCUUUGUAUCGGAAUAAGUCUUGCAUUUCUUGGGAGUGCCAUUCCCACCUCUGGGGGAUUAUAUUACUACACAAAUUAUUAUUGUCCAGAUGCGUUUCGAGUGCCAUUGAGUUUCAUGAUUGGAUGCUCAAACUCAUUGGGUUUAAUUGGUGGAUUGUGUAGCAUCAGUUAUGGUUUUGCAGUUCAAGUAUUGUCUGCUGUCUAUAUCCAACAGGAUGGAGGAUUUGAAAUCACCAAUGCAAAAUGUUACGGGAUCUUUGUCGCUUGUGUUGUUUCCAAUGCUCUCAUAUGUUGUUUGGCAACUAAGCAAGCUGCAUUUUUGCAAACAGUCUCCAUCAUUGUGAAUGUGUUUUUGGUUUUGUUGUUUUUAAUUGCUGUUCCCGCAGGUAAGGGGAAUGAUUUCAAUUCACGCAGUUUUAUUUUUAGCAAUUUUGAGAACUCCAGAAAUUACGGAACACUUUGGUCUUUUGCAUUGAGUUGGAUGCCGGCUAUCUGGACUAUUGGUGCAUUUGACUCCACAAUCCAUUGCAGUGAAGAGGCGAAAAAUGCACAGAGAGCUAUCCCUGUGGGCAUCAUUGGAUCUAUUAGUGCAUGUUGGAUUUUAGGAUGGGCGAUUUGCAUUGUUUGUGCUGCUUGCAUUAAAGAUGGUGACGUAUCCAGAGUCCUUGAAUCUGACACCGGUUCUGCCAUGGCACAGAUUAUUUAUGAUGCGCUUGGUAAAAAAUGGGCGGUUGCGUUUAUGUCGCUUAUUGCUGUGGGACAAUAUUUGAUGUCAGUGUCAAUUAUGAUAGCCCUUUCCAGACAGAUAUGGUCUUUUGCAAGAGAUGAUGGUUUGCCAGUUGUUUAUAAUUUUGUGAAAUAUGUCAAUCCUACAAUCAAAGUACCUGUAAGGGCGACAAUGUUUGCAGCUGCCUUGGGAGUACUAUUAGGUUUAUUGGUUUUGAUAAAUGGCACAGCAGGGUCUGGUGCACUUUUCAGUCUUGCCGUUGCUAGUAAUGUUCUUUCGUGGGGACUCCCUGUAUUGCUCAUUCUUUUGCCUUAUGGUAGGAAAAGGUUCAUUCCGGGACCGUUCUAUUUUGGAUCCACCAUAAGUACCCUCAUCAAUAUUGUCAGUGUUGGUUGGACAGGAUAUGUUAUUGUUUUGUGUAUGUUUCCUGAUUCCAUGACUGUGGACAAGAAUUCUAUGAAUUACACAGUAGUCAUUAAUGUUGGUGUUUGGUUAUUGGCGUUGUUUUAUUAUUUCGUUUGGGGCUACAGAUUUUACACAGGUCCUAAAUCUAACCUUGAAGAAGAUUUUGUUGAAGGCGUCAGCACAGCUAAUGUGGAUGAAGUUUUGAACGAAAAGGUCUAG